ACAUGAAGCUACUUAUUGCCGUUGGGCUUCUUGUAGUUGCCCUUCAAGUCUUUGCUGAAGAAGUAACAGAAACUGGCAGUGAAGAUGCUCCAAUGGUGGCUAAAAGAGCAAUUUCAGCAUAUCGCCACAUUGGUUGCUACCGGGACAAGCCUGUUAGAGCACUAAGAAUUGUUCUCGGCCGUGUUCAUGGCAGGGGAGCUGUGAAAGCCUGUGCAAACUUGGCAAGAAGGCGAGCAUUUGCAGUAUUCGCUAUUCAGGCUAAAUCGUGGUGCUUCUCUGAUCAAAAUGCUCACCUUAGAUAUACGAUAUAUGGUAAAGCAAGAAAUUGUGCUAAUGGUGUUGGUGGAGGAUGGGCUAACGAUGUCUAUCGAUUAAAAAUGCUUCGUAAGUAAAAUUAAAGCUUGAUAAUCCCUUGCGCCAACUUGAAAGGAGACUGUGCAUGGAAGCAAGUACAAAACAAACAUUGUAAACAAAUUAAAUUCAUUGAUUUA